AUGCAAAAUUGGCGCGCGAUCACGUGCGCCAUCACAAAAGCUGGGCGGCAACUACGAUGGCAGGAUGCAGUGGCUAUCUUCUCACAGAUCUACAAGCCGAACGUGAUUCUCUACAAUGCCACGAUUACAGCGUGUGGCCGCUCCCUCGCCUGGCGGGCCUCCUUGGCUCUUCUCUCCGAGCUGAGGCAAGUGCAGCAGCCAGAUGUAAAAAGCUUCGGAGCUGUGGCAGCGGCCUUGCGCAGACAGCCGGCUCUUCAUGGCUUGCUUUUGGAGGCCAUGGCCGAGGAGCGUGUGCGUCCCGAUGCGAUCGUCGCCAGUGCCAUUGCGACAUCUUGCGAGCGGGCUUCGCUUUGGGAGGCGGGGUUGCAAGCGCUGGCUUCCAUUGAGCGCGCUGAGCUGGAUGUUGUGGCCGUCGGGACCAUUGCAAGUACCCUUGCGAAAGGUGCCCGCUGGGCGGAGGCGCUGCUGGUGCUGCAGCCCUUGAAGCCGAACGUUGUACUGAUUGGGGCGGUGAUCAGUGCAUGCGAGCGAGCUCAUCGUUGGACAGCUGCCCUGGAGCUCUUGCACCAGAUCUGGGAGGAGGGGCCCCAGCCAGACACAAUGUUGAUGGACUCGGUGCUACGUGCUUGUGGCCGAGGCCUCGCCUGGGAAGCUGUCCUCAGUGUCUUCUAUGCCAUGCAGAAUCGACUCCUCCGCCCUAGUGCCAUAGGCUUGAGUGCGGUGUCUCUUGCUCUGGGCUGUGGGCGCCAAUGGGUCAAGAUGCUGCACAUGCUGGAGGUUAUGGCACGAAGGCGCAUGGCUGCCGACGUGUCUGCGCUGUCGAUGGGCCUCGAAGAAGCCGAGCAGCGCCAGUUGCAGGCCACAGAGACAAAGCUGCUCAGGAGCCUGGCCCACACUGUGCCAGGUCUGCAUGGUCUGACCAGACACAGCAGUCGGACAAAUGAAAGCAAGACCUUCACUUGCCUGAAGAAUGAAGAAUGCUUAGUUGUGUUAGGCUGUGUGCAUGUUUGCCCUCUUGAACGCUUUCUGACUUGUGUUCCAGUGUGA